ACUUAUAGUGUUUGACUAAGAAUAAUGGUUGUUUUGUGUUAUGCGUAUCCUAUGUGAUUCUCAAUGCGUCACAUGCCUGUUGAAUGUGAAAGUAUGUGUAAAUUUGGAUACAAUUCAUCAGGAUUUGUAGAUGACGGAAAGUCUACGGGCUAGAGAGCAACAGGAGGAUCGCUGGUCUGGCGUAGUGGGGGUUACAGUAAUAUGCAUAUAUAAUGUAUUCUAUUUGCUAAGACCUCUGCAUUUAUAUUACGGACUGCUUGUUUACCGACUCUAUUUUUAGGAGUAUUUUGAAAGUGAACGUACACGUGUGGCUCACUUGAUGCUCUUGGACAGCAAUGACGGAUGGAUAUAAUUACAAAGAUCCUGCUGACCAGAGAUAAGAGUGAGAGGAACGACAGCCUCAUGAGUCAGUCGGAGGUGUCACGCAUUUGACCACGAUGGACGUUGUCCAGCUCCAGAACGCCAGCCACCCCGCGGCCCUCCUCCGGAAGGCGGAUCAGAUGCGGCGGGCUGGGACCUUGUGCGACGUGGUGAUUGUGGUGGACAGCCAGGAGUUUCAUGCCCACCGCACCAUGCUGGCCUGCACCAGCAAGAUGUUUGAGAUCCUCUUCCACCGCUACAGUCAGAAAUACACGCUGGACUUCCUGUCACCAAAGACCUUCCAGCAGAUCCUGGAGUAUGCCUACACCGCCUCACUCCAAGCUAGGAUCGAGGACCUGGAUGACCUUCUGUAUGCUGCCGAGAUCCUGGAAAUCGAGUACCUGGAGGAACAGUGCCUGAAGAUCCUGGAGAACAUCCAGACCUCGGACGAGAAGGACGUGGAGGUUCUGGAGAAAGACUUUCACCACAGGGGAAGGCAGGGAACAGAGCCAAUGAAAGAGGGCAGUGAUGACAGUCCGGCCAGAAAGUGCUGUCUCCAGGCCGACAUGGUGGAGCAGAGUCCCUCGGUGUCCACCUCCCUGGGACUCUCCCCGAUGAGUCCCACCCGGGUGGCCAUGGACAGUCUGAUCAUCAUCAACCAGUCUCUCCCUCAUAGUGAGCCGCAGGAUGGUGUCGUGGGAGACGUGGCCCCAACAGCGAAGCCAGUGGGCCGGGAGAGUCCUAGGGAGUCUGAGCCCAGCUCUUCCUGUGGCGGGGAGGCAGACCAAAGCAGAGGCCUUCCCACAACCCCCACCAGGGGCAGCGUGAUAACAAGUGCCUGGGAGAUGAGCCACAGGAAGGGGGAGCUCCCCCAGGUGAUGGAGAGCGACCCCUGCCCCCCUGCUCUGUUCCCUGCCCCUCCUAACCACACAGACGGUACCCUGUCAUCCCAGAGCAUGCGUCCUGCACUCACCCUUGAGAUGGGGGCCUGUAGGUCCCUCCUGCCCCCUGGCUUUGCCCACGGGAAUUUUCUCAGCCCUGGGGAGCUGGUCCCUGGCAGGAGUGCUGACACAGCAUCGCAGGGCGGGCAGUUCGGCACGUGUGGUUCGGAGCCGCUGGACGGCAGCACUGCAGAGCAGCACGGGAAGCUACACGGAGGGAUGAAAACAUAUGGCUGUGAGCAGUGUGGGAAGUACUUCUUGGACAGUUUGCGCCUGAGGAUGCACCUGCUGUCUCACUCAGCCGUGUUGAAGGCCUUCAGCUGUGACCAGUGUGGUGCUCAGUUCUCCCAGGAGGAGGCCCUGAACUCACACAGACAGACACACUCAGAGGACUCCUGGCAAAAGAGAACAGGAAGCACUCCCCCUGCUGGUCCGGACGUGGCUGUCUUCUGCCUGCUGUGCGGAAAGCGAUUCCAGACGCAGCUGUUGCUGCAGCAGCAUAUGGGUGUUCAUGCCCGCGCACGGAGCUACGCCUGCAGCCAGUGCGACCGCACCUUUCCCAGCCACACCACACUGAGGCGCCACCUGCGCUCCCACACAGGUGACCACCCAUUUGAAUGCGAGUUCUGUGGCAGCUGCUUCCGGGAUGAGGCCUCGCUGCGGGGACACAAGCGGACACACACAGGGGAGAAGCCCUACGAGUGCAAUGGCUGCGGGAAGAAGUUCAGCCUCAAGCACCAGCUGGAGACCCACUAUCGCGUGCACACAGGCGAGAAGCCGUUCGAGUGCAAGCUGUGCCACCAACGCUCACGGGACUAUUCGGCAAUGAUCAAGCACCUGCGUACACACAACGGUGCCGCUCCCUACCAGUGCACUGUGUGCUUGGAGUUCUGCCCCAGCCUGUCCGCCAUGCAGAAGCACAUGAAGGCUCACAAAGCAGAGGACGUUCCCCCAGACUGGAGGAUAGAGAAGACCUACCUGUACCUGUGCUACGUGUGAACGGAGGAGGCGGAGGGAAUCCGUGCAACUACAGCCCUAAAGGAGGAGGAGUACUGUUCCCAUGUUGAAGUCCGACUCUCAAGCAUUUAAACUGAGAUCUCCCCCCUAAAAGAAGAUCCACGGACAUGAAAGGGGGCGGUGAAGAUGAACUAACGGAGCUUUCUGCCAUUUAAGCCGCAUUUGACGGAGUGUCGACACGCAUUGACAGAUUCACGGGCAGACGUGUCCGCCAUGAUCUCCACAGUGCAGUUUAUCUCAAUCGAAACCACCGUUUGUCCUGGUGGGGUAGUGCUGAUGUGUGGCAGCACCUGCCAUCUGUUCUCUACCCAGUUGAAGUUACCCCUUUCCCCUCCUGUUCCCCUCACUCCAUUUCCAGAAGUCAAACUUUCUCUUUCAGACCUUUGAGAUCGGCCCCCAGUCCCUGCCACCAGCUGUCUCUUAGGGACAUCCCAGCUCUGAAUGAGGUAUAUAUUUUUCCGAAUGACCCAGCAGUCUCUCCAAAGAAUGAUGACGUGCCGCACUACAUUUCCACGUCGCGUUUAUAUGAGGUGUACGUUUUGAAAGACGCCUCUCUCACUCGCACCCCGACGUUCCGUUUGCUCGGCUGAAUACUCGUGCGUUUGUUUGUUAUCAUUUGUUUUGUGGACUCAUCUGAUGCUUCAGGAAUUCUUAUUUUGCACAUUGUUUGCCUGCAAUGUUUAUAUAAAUGAUUACAAAAGGCAGCAACAAAAUUAAGAAGUCAAGAUUGUAUCUCCUGACACCCUCGUCCUAUUAUAUAAAUUUGGGAAUGGGGAAAAAAAAUGGGGGCGGCAUGGUGGUGCAGUGGUUUGCAUGUUCUCCCCAUGUCGUUGUGGGGUUUCCUCCGGGUACUCUGGUUUCCCCCCACAGUCCAAAAACAUGCUGAGGCUAAUUGGAGUUGCUAAAUUGCCCGUAGGAGUGCAUGUGUUAAUGAAUGGUGUGUGAGUGUGCCCUGCUAUGGGCUGGCCCCCCAUCCUGGGUUGUUCCCUGCCUCGUGCCCAUUGCUUCCGGGAUAGGCUCCGGACCCCCCGCGACCCAGUAGUAGGAUAAGCGGUUUGGAAAAUGGAUGGAUGGGAAAAAAAUGUUCAAACCCUAGGAAGCAGAAAUAUGUGGCGUACAAUUACAAUGUCUUUGCGGAUUAAUAUGAUUAAUAUCUGCACAGCUAUGUGUGAUAGUAUGAAUGCACUGGAUAGUGAUUGCAGAAAUAAGAUUAUCUUUUUAAGAUGCUAAUAUGCAGAUUUUCUGUUAUACCACAAACUCUUUAUACAUUUAAAAUUUUUAUGCUAUUGAUAAAAUGAAUUUUGUGUAUUUUAUUUUCUUAAUUAGAUUUUUUUUGGUAGAUUCCUGCAUUGUAAUUCUUACGAUGUGGCAAAGCUGAGUGCCAGUUUGUGAAGCGAAGCAGUUUCUACUUGAAAUGAAGGUGUGAACAAGCUGUAGAGGAAAUGCUCCUCUUUUAAGCUGACGAUUCAGGCCAUUGUGGCUUAAAGGAGCUGGAAGACGUCUUUGUCUAGUGUGUGUGACAGGAUUUACAGAGUUUCCCAAGUUGCGUCUGAUGUCUUUGUGGACACACUGAACAGGAAAGAUAAGCUGUGCUUUUGUCCGUAAGGGAUGGUCACGCUAUCCAUGUGUGACUGGUCUGCAUUGAACGAUGCAUUCCUGGAAAAUGUUUGCGAUUAAAAAGGCAACUGCUAUGUGGUGUUUUACUUCAUGGUUUUAAUGAACGACUAACAAGGGUCAAUUAACCCUAACCACUAUCACUUGCCCUUGUAUGUUGCUUUAAUCUAAAAGGGGGAAAUGUUACCCAGCGUGAUUGUACAGUAAUCGUCUAAUAAUUAAUUAAAAUGCCAUACAUUUUCUUUCCUAAUUUACUCAAUUGCCAUGUGUUUCUGUAAGCAAGAGCUGGGUCAUUAGUGUUCACAUUUCUCAAGCGAUUUGUAAUAAUUAUGAAUAUUUUAUAUGUACAGUGAAAUGUUUGUAGAGGUAUUUUGGUUAUGAUUAUAUAAUUGAAUAUUUGGGGGGGGGCAAAGGAAAUGGAGUACUAUGGAAUCUCUGCUGCGUGAUGUGUUCUAGAACAAUCUAGAACGGGUAAUUGCUGUUGGUACAUAGAACAUUGUAGAAUGGGUAACCAUUUUAUGCAGUGCUGCUGGGCAUGUGCUGUUUAUUAAAUAUAUUUAGUAAUGAAUCACCACAAAUGUCUAUUCUCUUAUGUCUUAUUACCUGUACAGACCAGUAGCCCUUCUGGGCUCAGGAAAGGUUCCCCUUUCUGUCUUGUCCGUAGCUUUAAUCCUUGUGGAACGGCACAUGUAGCAGUCAGGUUGGUUUUUUUGUAUAAAGAACGUAUUUUAAUUUGUUUUAGUUGAUCUACCUCAGCACCUUCAGCAUCUUCACCUCUCUUUAGGUGAACGAGUAUUGUUCUUUAUAGCCUCAUAAGGUCACCGACCUUUCUGACGCCAAAAUGAUUGUGUGUAGGAGUGUUUGUGAUGCCAUUUCCGGAUUUGCUUUUUGAGUGUAGAUGUAGCGCUGUUCUUUACAGUGUCGUCUGGGUUCUGGAGAAGCAGGAAGCGGUGGAACACUGCAGGCUUUCCUCUGUCUUUCUGCAGAGACGCUACCCGAGCCUUCAGAAGUACAAAGAUGUUCUACAACCAGCCUAAUAGUAGAUUGUCGUGUAGUGAACGUUCCUUCAAUUUUGUCUCAUCUUAUGACUUUACGCGCAAAAUUCAUUGGAUUCUUUUAUCUGCACUUAAAAUAAAGUCUUAAAUUCCAUUUA